AUAAGGGUUUGUAUCAUGGGUAAGAUCACGCAGCACCGCACACUAGCCCAGCUUAGCCAGGCAGCUCAGGAGCAGCGAGGCGCCCCUCUUCCCACCCACAGCCUGCCCCUCAGCCCCCACACCCAGGACCCUCUCCUCGCUGGGGUGCCCUUUGCCCUUUUCCCACCCCCAGAUCCACACACUGUCUGUCUCAUUGUCUUGCCGGCCCCAGGAGGGAAGGAAGAACCUGAUGGGAGAAGCAUCUGGCCUCUCCACUGGGGCUCCACCCACCCCCCUUACCACCUGGCUUUAGGGGGUCAGCAGCAAGGUGGCAGGGAUGCUGAAAGCAGGGGCAUGAGGGCCAGGGCUCCACGUGGAGCCCUGGAACCUGUCACUCCCUGCACCACCACCCCAGGCCUGCUGUGGGCUGUCACCGUGGUGGCCGUGGAGACUCUUUGGCUUCUAGAUUUGGGGUGCUCUGCCCCCUUCCUGUCUUCCUUGUCAGUUUUGACUCCUCCCAAGGGGGCUGGCUGUGGUGCCUGGCCCCUCUCCAAGAGUGCAUGGGAUUGGGGGUUGGGGUGUGGGAGGGCUCGAGAGGUAGACCGCCAAAGGCUGGAGAUGUGGACUUAAGAUCCUUACACUGUCUAAAACUUAGGAGAGGGAAAGAGAGAGAGAAGCCUAGAAGCACACACCUCACGUUUUCUCUGUGCUGUUCCUCCCGGGCUGGGCGUCUUCUGGGGUUUGGGACGCUGAACCAGAGCAGGGCUCCUUUGCUUGUCUCUUCCCAGCCCUGAAAUUCCUUCCCCCACUUCCCUCCUCUGGGUUUGGGGGCCAGGCGGCCCCUCCUCAGAGCACAGGCUCACUCCAUCUCCUGGACCCCAGCCUGUCCCCGGUGCCAGCCUUAGUGCUGCUGCAGCUGGUGGGAGGGGGCGUGAUGCUUGGGGGAAGAAUUCAUUCCCUGGACCGUGGCGGGCAGAGCAUGUGCCCGCCGUAGCUUGGACUUUAUUGGGCCUAGGUGAGGGCCGAUGGGUUUUCCCUGGCCUCCCCAGCCUUCUUUUUAAAUUCAAACAAGAUUGUCCCGGUGCUUUCCCGCUCCCCGAUUGGAUGUUAGACCCGACUCCCCCACUUUCAAGGCCUCCAUGAGGCUUCCUUGGGGUCCACCACUUCCUCAGCCUGCCUCCAGGUGGUGCAGGAGAUGUGGUUCCUCUCCUUCUCCGGGGCUCCCUAGAACCCCCAUCUCCCCUCCCUGUAGCUCUAGCUGGCCCCAUGGUGGUGGGUGUGGGGUCUGUGCGCAUGCUCAGGUAAGCUUGGGGGCUCCAGGUAAGCGGUCCCGUGUCCCCCCCCCCGGGAAGCCCGCCUCCUCGCCAGCCCCCAGGAGUUGCCGAGCCCCCCCCAUCCCGCUCGGUUUGGACACCCGCAAGGCCGGCAUCGCCGCUUACAAGCACGCAGAUGGCAAGAAGAUCGAUGGCAGGAGGGUCCUUGUGGACGUGGAGAGGGGCCGAACCGUGAAGGGCUGGAGGCCCCGGAGGCUAGGAGGUGGCCUGGGCGGCACCCGGAGAGGCGGGGCUGAUGUGAACAUCCGGCAUUCAGGCCGGGAUGACACUUCCCGCUAUGAUGAGAGGCCCGGCCCCUCCCCGCUUCCCCACAGGGACCGAGACCGGGAGCGGGAGCGGGAGCGCAGGGAGCGCAGCCGGGAGCGGGACAAGGAGCGGGAACGGCGACGCUCCCGCUCUCGGGACCGGCGGAGGCGCUCACGGAGUCGCGACAAGGAGGAGAGGCGGCGCUCCCGGGAGCGCAGCAAGGACAAGGACCGGGAACGGAAGCGGCGAAGCAGCCGGAGCCGCGAGCGGGCGCGGCGGGAGCGGGAACGCAAGGAGGAGCUGCGUGGAGGCGGAGGCGGCGGCGACAUGGCAGAGCCCUCCGAGGCUGGCGACGCGCCUCCUGACGAUGGGCCUCCUGGGGAGCUCGGUCCUGAUGGCCCCGACGGCCCAGAGGAAAAGGGCCGAGAUCGUGACCGGGAACGACGGCGGAGCCACCGGAGCGAGCGGGAGCGGCGCCGGGACCGGGACCGCGACCGGGAUCGCGAGCACAAGCGGGGGGAGCGGGGUAGUGAGCGGGGCAGGGACGAGGCCCGCGGUGGGGGUGGCGGCGGCCAGGACAACGGGCUGGAGGGGCUGGGCAGCGACGGCCGAGACAUGUACAUGGAGUCCGAGGCAGGCGACGGGUAUCUUGCUCCAGAGAACGGGUAUUUGAUGGAGGCUGCGCCAGAGUGAAGAGGUGCCUUCCACCUGCUGUGUUUGGACGUGUCCCCACCCACCCCCUGCUGUCAUCAUCAUCCCCACUCCUGUGGGCCUCUUAAGUCUGCCAGCCAAGAGUAGGAGUCUCAUUAUUUGUUCUUGCCCAUUGGAUUUAAAAAUAAACUUAAUUUCCUGUUGGUA